AUGCACGUUCAGGACCUCUACAUGCUCUCAUCAACAAUGCUGGGAUAUUUUCCAUUGGAGGGCCGUACCAUAUUCGGUGCACGCCGCCUGAAGUCGCCGACGACUCCCGAUUUCUCACCUCGACGGCGGACGAUAACGAUAGAGCACGGAUCCAACUCAAGUACCGUCUUCCCCGCUCUACUCGCCAGAACCUUCGAUCGGCCCGCGUACUACCUCUACCCCGAAUCUUGCAGCCAACGGCUUGGAUUGGGGUUGAAAAUCAAGUACGGCUUAAAGUUGCGAGGAUUGAAGUCGUUUGAAUCUCCAGCUACACACACAGCUCCAGCUCGACAUAGCACAUACAAUUCAAUUCCUAGGAGCUCAUACAAUCUCCGUGAGUGA